AUGAUGGGAGAGCAGAGCUGGUGUUUUGUGGCUCCGGGUUGUCGUUUCUCUACUAAGAAGAAGGAGAAGAAGGAGAAGCAGGAGAAGAAGAAGGAGGAGGAGAAGGUGAAGAAGAAGGAGAAGGUAGAGAAGAAGAAGAAGGAGGAGAAGAAGGUGAAGAAGAAGAAGAAGGAGAAGAAGAAGGGAGAAGAAGAAGGAGGAGGAGAAUCUUUCUCUGCUGUGAAACACAAGAAGGUCCUGAAGAACAAAGAACAUCGAGACGACAUCAUCCACUUUUUCUCAUCUCUGGCCAAUCCCUUCUUCCAGUUGGUCCCAGCUUCCCACGUUGUUGCUAUGCGUGUCUUAUCGUCAUGGAGCGGGGUUCGCCUGCCUCCGCCUGACAGACACGUGACGUCGUGA